UCGAAAAGCGGAGGGCAGCCGCGGGGGGCGGGCGCUCUGGAGCGGCGGGUUCGGCGGGUGCUCCGACUGCCAUCCGCUCCGCCCGAAGCGUCGAGGAGCCGAGCAGGGGCCCGCCGCCCUCCUCCUCCAUGAGGGCCGAGUGAGCGCGGCGGCGAGAGCCGGCCCGCGGCGCCUCCCCCCGCGUCCUCUCCCGAGCGCAGCGGCAGCGGCCCCCGGCGGCGGAGGAGGAGGAGGAGCAUGUCGGACGGUUUCGAUCGGGCCCCAGGUGCUGGUCGGGGCCGGAGCCGGGGCCUGGGCCGCGGAGGGGGCGGGCCUGAGGGCGGCGGUUUCCCGAACGGAGCGGGGCCUGCUGAGCGGCCGCGGCACCAGCCGCCGCCGCAGCCCAAAGCCCCGGGCUUCCUGCAGCCGCCGCCGCUGCGCCAGCCCAGGACGGCCCCGCCGCCAGGGGCCCAGUGCGAGGUCCCCGCCGGCCCCCAGAGGCCUCCCCGGCCCGGGGCGCUCCCAGAACAAACGAGGCCCCUGAGAGCUCCACCUAGUUCACAGGAUAAUAUCCCACAGCAGAACUUGGAGUCAGCAAUGGCUAAACCCCAGGUGGUUGUAGCUCCUGUAUUAAUGUCUAAGCUGUCUGCGAAUGCUCCUGAAUUCUACCCAUCAGGUUAUUCUUCUAAUUAUACAGAAUCCUAUGAAGAUGGUUGUGAGGAUUAUCCUACUCUAUCAGAAUAUGUUCAGGAUUUUUUGAAUCAUCUUACAGAGCAGCCUGGCAGUUUUGAAACUGAAAUUGAACAGUUUGCAGAGACCCUGAAUGGCUGGGUUACAACAGAUGAUGCUUUGCAAGAACUUGUAGAACUCAUCUAUCAACAGGCCACAUCUAUCCCAAAUUUCUCUUACAUGGGAGCUCGCCUGUGUAAUUACCUGUCCCAUCAUCUGACAAUUAGUCCACAGAGUGGCAACUUUCGCCAGUUGCUGCUUCAAAGAUGUCGGACUGAAUAUGAAGUUAAAGAUCAAGCUGCAAAAGGUGACGAAGUGACUCGGAAACGAUUCCAUGCGUUUGUUCUCUUCCUGGGGGAGCUUUACCUUAACCUGGAGAUCAAGGGAACAAAUGGACAGGUUACAAGAGCAGAUAUUCUUCAGGUUGGUCUCCGGGAGUUGCUGAAUGCCCUCUUUUCUAAUCCUAUGGAUGACAACUUAAUUUGUGCGGUAAAAUUACUGAAGUUGACAGGGUCAGUUUUGGAAGAUGCCUGGAAGGAGAAAGGAAAGACUGAUAUGGAAGAAAUCAUUCAGAGAAUUGAGAAUGUUGUCCUAGAUGCAAAUUGCAGCAGAGAUGUGAAACAGAUGCUCUUGAAGCUUGUCGAGCUCCGGUCAAGUAACUGGGGUAGAGUCCACGCAACUUCAACAUACAGAGAAGCAACACCUGAAAACGAUCCUAAUUAUUUUAUGAAUGAACCAACAUUUUAUACCUCUGACGGUGUUCCUUUCACUGCAGCCGACCCAGAUUACCAAGAGAAAUAUCAAGAGUUACUUGAAAGAGAAGACUUUUUUCCAGAUUAUGAAGAAAAUGGGACAGAUUUAUCAGGGGCUGGUGAUCCAUACUUGGAUGAUAUUGAUGAUGAGAUGGACCCAGAGAUAGAAGAAGCUUAUGAAAAGUUUUGUUUGGAAUCAGAGCGUAAGCGAAAACAGUAAAGCUAAAUUUCAACAUAUUUUAUAAAGCAGUUUAGGUUAUGGUGAUUUAGCAGAACACAGGAAAACAGGAAAACGUGUCACACUUAUACCAAAUUAAGGAUGUUGAGUUAUGUUACUAAUGUAUGCAACUUUAAUUUUGUUUAACACUAUCUGCCAAAAUAAACUUUAUUCCCUAUAACUUAAAAUGUGUAUAUAUAUAUAAUAGUUUAUUAUGUACAGUUAAUUCCACUGUUUUGGCUGCAAUAAAAUCGAUUUUGAAAUAAAUGAAAUGUUGAAAGUAAAUUUUGCUAGUUGGUUAGAAGCUUAACCUUUAAAUUCUUUUCUUGAGGGAAAAAGUCUUAGCCUGGAAAUAUGUAUUAUUGCAAAAUGUAACAUCCUUUUUUAGAUGAGUAUAUAGCUUUCAUUUAGUUUUACGUUGUCUCAGUGAAUUGGGUUUCAAAUAUGAAUCACAAUCAUGAAAAUCUUUAGCACUAAAGUCUUAGAAUAUAUCAUUAACUGAUUUACAUAUCCAGAUGCUAUUUGAUACCAAGGGCUUUUAAAAUGUCAUUAAAAAAAAAAAAAAAA